AUGAACGAAGAAGCGAGUGCAGGUUCGACGCAGUUUGCUGCUCAGUUUGGCCAGAUGGAACCAUUCGACGUUUCCACGAAUGACUGGGCGUCGUACGAAGAGCGGCUAACGUCGUUUCUAAUCCUCAACCGUGUUCCUGAAGGUGAAAAAGUAAAUGCAUUCCUGAGCAUCAUCGGUCCCAGAACCUACAGUCUUCUGAAAUCACUGGUCACCCUGGAGCUGCCUUCAACAAAGAGCUUCGAGGUACUGAAGAAGACCCUGGGAGAAUAUCUGUCGCCGAAACCUUCGGUCAUAGGCAAGCGAGCGAAGUUUCACAGGAGACAGCAAGUCGAAGGAGCCCUGGUGAUUCCAAAAGGUGUCCUACAGGUCAAGGUGCAGCACGGCGGCAGCACGGCGAGCCUGCCUUUAUACGUCGUCGACCAGAAGGUACCACCAUUGCUAGAGGGUCAGCAGAUCAGGAAGGAGCGCUACUUGCUUGACUUCCUGGGCUCAGUUGAAGUGUCGUGCCACAAAGGCAGUGAAGUCUUCUGCCAGGCGAUUCGAAAGGUUGCCAAGGCUAGUGCUUCCGAAGUGGGCAUUCACGGCUCGCAUCCGUGCGUCCUCGAAGUCACCGACCUCGGCCUGCGGAUGGUGGACCGUGGGCGACCAGCUCCCAACCAUGUGCCAACACACGACUACUUUUUCAAUCUGAAGAAUGUCACCUUCUGUGGGUACCACCCUAAAGAUCACAAGUAUUUUGGUUUCAUCACAAAGCAUCCGCUACGCGAGCGGUUUGCUUGCCAUGUGUUCCAGGCUGAGGGCUCUACGCGGGAAGUGGCCGAGGCUGUCGGGCGAGCGUUCCGCAAGUUCUACCAGAAAUUCGUUGAGAUGGCCUACCCUGUUGAAGAUAUCUAUAUAGAGUGAAUCCAGUGGGCAAGAGGGAGCCAGCAGUAACACGAUUGCUUCCACCUUUCCGUUUGGUAGAGGCUCACUCGCACCGCGCCGAGCCGACGUUUGUCGGUUUCUCGAGGCUUCAUGCAAUCUGUUCUGCUGCACAUUUUUUGUCUAUGAUGUGCAGUUGGUGCGAAACGUUUGUACAUUUUCUGUUGCCACUCAGCACCUCUUUUUGCUGUUUUUUUUAUGUUGUAUGUGGCAAACGCUGUUGUGUUGACCACCUAGAUACGGAAUCUCAAUCGUGGAGGUUUGAAGCACCUUGUAAUAAUUGCGAGAUGUAAUGCAAGUGUAGAUGCAGAAGGAACACACAAUGGCCCGAUUAUUGCUUUACAUUUUUAUGGCUCGAAUCAGAUCUACCGUUUGGUCCGCUUUUAAAUGGAACACCGUUAGUCUCAGUGCGGCCAUUUAAUGUUGUUUUUCUGAGUAGCCAUGGCUUGCUGGGCAAGUCCUACUGUGUAACAAGCUUGACAUGCUUGACAGUUAAUCUCAUUUCUCAUUAGUUGUGGCUUUCACUCAACUGCAGUUAGUAUUCAUGAAACUAAUAAAUUUAACAUAACAGCCACAUUUAGUGCACUGAAAAACAACCCUGUGCCUGGUGCGGUUAGUUCUUCAGCAUCCUAGAAUAAAAUUAGUCAAUGCACAACUUGGCUCGCAGGGGUACAUUGGGCUGAGAGGAUUGACUCAGGUGAAUAGCCUGCUCUUUGCUUACAUAAUUGAACUUGAGGGGGGCCUGUAAGGCUUUUUGAGCUUGGUCAGAAAACGCUGUUGAUCAGCACGUAAGGGUCCCGAGAACAUGCGAGCCAAACAUUACAUCACUGCACACGGCCUCGAACUUACCAUUAAUUCUCAAAGUGAGCUACAAAUCGUUCCCUCUUCUCUCAAGAAAUAAUGCCACGAACCCAAAUGAUUGGCGAAAAAUCCAAAUGAGCGCGCCUUAUGUCCUAAUUGUUUGACCGUUGGCUGAUUUGAGAGUAAGCCAGACAUAUGAAAAACAAAAGAAAAUAUUAAUAAAAAGGAAAAAGUAAGUUAUAGCCAUGAUGUGCACUGACUAAAGGAUGCAUCUUUUUGGCCACUUGUCAUCCCCUCCCUGCGUAGAUUUCGGCAUGCUUGCUUAGUAUGAAAAGAAAGUGCUUGAAUAAUACGACAAAUCGUUAUAACUCUGCUCGUACUUGACGAAUUCUAAGUAUUUUUGCCGCAGUUGAUUCGCGAGGCAAUAAACUUUCUUUUAAUUAAGGUAUUUGACGUGUACCUGUAAAAACACUGCUGGGCCGCUUUAAUUAACAGGCUCACUGUGGCAUGGGUCUCUGAUCAGUAACGGGCUGUGCUUCUCUAUUGUGGCCGCAGCGUUACGACCAUGCAUCGGCUUGCUGAGAAGGUAACUUCAUCGAACAUGAAAGCAGGGGUACAAUUCUUGUUGCAAGAAGUUGUAAGUAAUCGGAAGAAAUUCCUGGUGUUGCAUGCCAUUACCAACGGGUGACCCACCAGUAAGUCCCAGAUGCGCCGUGACCCACUGGUGGGUCGCCUGCGCAUGUGGAAGAUAUGCCGGUCACUCGGCAUGUAGAACGAGACUUCAAAAAAGCUUGUUGCUGCAAUCCUGUUGCAGGUCGUCUACAAUUUACUCAUGAAACCAAUACCAAAAGGAAUGUGAAAUCUAGUUGCGAGCUGUUAUUCACUAGAAAUUUCCAAUCCGUGAAACUUGUUUUCUGCCAUGGUGCACGAGUGCAGCCAUUGGCCUCGUGAUAUAAACUAAAUCCAUAAAUGUUAGCUUUACAAAAUGGGGCCCAUUCUGUUGUCAGUAGUCCAAAUUUGGUAUUCAGGUUUAACACAAGAAAGGACAUGCACAUUCAGAAGUUUCGCCAUUGCUUUUCGGAGGCCAUUGCUACGCUUUAGACAACCUCUUGGGCUUUAAGCAUGCUUCGCGAUGUGGUUACUUGAAUCCACAUGGGGUACAAGAUCAGACUAGGUGUAGUGGGUUCUGAAACAUUAGAUGGGUAUUCUUUAUUUCCCGUCUUUUUGGUAUCAAACUGCAGUUGGUAUUUUUGUUCUACCCAAUCGGGCCACGAAAAGUUACACAUUUGAAUUGGGCUGCGCCACAAUAUUUAGUUUUUCUCAUUUGAUUUCAUCUGUGAAGUAUGUGCAGAAGUUCCUUUGAACUUUCUCCUAUUUCAUUUCCUUCAAAAUAGUUUUAGCUGGCUGCUAUGAAGUGUGUUUUUGAAUGCUCCAUGGCCAGUGCUACCUUAAUGCCAUCUAACAAUUUCAAUAAUGAUAUUGAAGCAAAGUCUGUUCUUGGCAACUCAAGCUGCCAAGCUAAGAAGAAAACAGAGACAGUAAGGAAAAGCCUCUUUCCUUUCUUUAAGAAGACAUUUUUGUUCAGAAGUCUGAUAAGCUGUAUACAGAUCACCAUUUGUAAGUGUCGUAGGUGUUAGUUGUUAUGGCAACUGUUACCAUUUGUUCUCGUCAGAAAAACAAAACGGGAUUCGUGUCCAAUUGCAGUUGACAGUGAUUGAGCGAGCGGCGCAUCUUUGAUUACCAAAAAAGACAUUAACACUCGCUCUGAGAUGGCACGGGAAGACGGUUUUGUUUAAUAUAUGAUUGUGCAUAAAAUGUUAUCAUCAUUUAGUUGUCAUUGUCGGUAACCCAGUUGUCAAGUCCUCCAAUUUUUAAUUCGAUGUUUAGAGUGAUCAAUUUGGAAAGGUGGGCUGGUAUUCCCUAAUCUUUUUACUUCUGUUUUAAUGUUUUUUUCAUGUAUCUUUAGCUGACAGUGUGCAGCUUUGACCGCUAUCACUAGAGAGUUUGGGCUGGGUUAGCCAUGGCUUGCCAUUAUGAGAGUACCGGUGACUUCCACUCUAGUCAACGCACUUUGCCAGUGCUUCUAGAUUAUUUUGAUGCUGCAAAGUUGUUAAUGCACUUCCAGGUGUGUUUGAAGACACCUUAACUGUGAGGGUGUUUCUCAACAGGUUUGUCACAAUUUUUGGUUAACCACAAUGACUCGGUGGUCAUGGGGUUUUGCUGGUUCUACACUGUUCGCAGUAUGGAUACUAUAACUAUCACUUUUUCAAGUGCCAUUGAUGGUUUUGUCACUAAUCAAGUUGACAGUACAUAAGCUUCUGGAACUCUUGGUAGCACCCUGUUGACAUCAGACAUUGCUGCCAGGUGUCCUACUUGUAAGACCGAGCCAUAUAUGGCAAGGUAAAAUGAAGACAAAUUUUGAGUUUCCUGGUUCUCAGUGGCACUAGUGGAAGUGUCAAUCAAUGUCAGUAAUCACAGAACUUUUGGCAAUAUUACCAGCUGUGAAUUGCAAAACUCUGCAUGGUACCACAAUCCGUAGAAUAUUGUAAUGGUUGUUGCACUAGCUCUACUUCUAGUAACUUUUGUUACACUAUUGAUAGUUUUUUAGUGAAUAUUUGUUGUUCUGUUGAUAGUCAAUUCACAGGUAUGUAUAGAUCAUUUGAUUCGUGUAAUCAAGAACCUGGCAAGGCCAAUGUUCCUUAUAUUGUAGGGAGGGGUUAAAGGGAACAUGUUUAUUUGUGUUCUACUGAAGUCAUUGUGACUAAAACAGACACUGUCAUUAACAUGAUUCUGAAGUUUUAGUCAUUGAAAAAUAUAAUUCAUUACACAGGCACAGUGACUAUAUUGGCGGUGAGAGCUCACUUCCAGCUUGAAGGGCAGUACCCCAAAAUGGACAAACGCUUUGAGAACACAGGCAUUACUCUCAGUGAAUUACUCUUGGGUCACUAGUCCUUGCACUAAAGGUAACAAGUAAGCACUUGCAUGAAAGGUCACAUGUGAUGGAAGUGUUUAGUGAAGGCCAAAUCUUGUUUUGAAGGUUGCUAGUCCUUGCACUAAAAAGUCAUAAGUCAGUAAGAGCUUACAUUAAAGGUCACAUGUGAUGGAAGUGUUUAGUGAAGGUCACACAGUUGCCAUCGGCACAUAUAUUUGUAAUAUUGAAAAAGAAAGCUGUACUGCGAAGGAAAAGAGCUAGAGCAACAUUUUCACGCUUUUUUGUGCAUGUGCGACGUCACAAAAACAUCUUUUGUUGCUUUUGCAACAUUUUCUGCACACUUUUUAUUUGUUCUGAUUUCUAUCUCAUACACACAGAUAAACUUACGUGCCAGAAAUGUAUCCAUUAACACAUUUUUUUUUGGCAGCUAUGUUUUUUGGGGUUCUUUAACAUGCCCUUUUUUUGUCACAUGUUUGCUCAAUUGUCAUUUCAGGCCAUUCACAUUUGUUGCUUUCUGUGGCAAAGCUCAGAGUACCAAAUUAUGGGCUGGUAAAAGGACGACCAAUUUAUAUUUUACAAACAAUUAUUGCGUGAUUUCGGUGUCAAAGCAUGCAGAUCUGAUGUCCAACAACGUAACCCAUCAGCCUUUUUUGUGUUGUCUUUAUUACCAGAGAAACCUACAUUUAAUUGUUUUUUUACUGUACAGUACAUGUGUUUUACGUGACACCUUAUUUUUUUUUUAAGUUCACUGAGGCGACUGGGUCCUCGAUUGCUAUGCAAUUCAGAUGGGCAUUACUCUUUUUUUAUGUCUACUAUAUUUAUUUUUCUGCAUUUGUACUGUUGAAUGGCCAUUGUCUGAAUGCACACUGAAGGCGAAAUUAUGCCCUUCUGUGCUGUAAAUUAUUUAUCCAUAAACAUAUGAAUAUUUGGGAAAGUCAUGGGUUGUGGAAGUACACUCAACCUCGUUAUAACGAACACAGGCAUAAUGACAUAUUGGUUAUAACGUAGUAAAUGAAUAGUCUUGCAAUAGGUAUCGUGUUAGAAAUAUACAUUUAUAAUGAAUUUUGGUAUGUAACAAACUUGUUUUAUGCGAAGAUGCAACUUUGUUGUAACGAAGCUUGAGUGUAUUUCUAUAUCCUAAAAUCACUCUCGCGAGGUAUGACUGUAUGCCAGUGAUUAAGAGGAUCAUAGGAAGAGAGUGGCACAUUUUAAUGGGUGUGAAGAUGCAGUGUCAGUUACAUAUUUGCAAACCGAACAAUACAUCUUAGACGAAGUGCAUGUGUCUCGGUGCUUCAGUGCAACAAUGGCUUUUAUG